AUGUCUCAAAGCCGUGAAGAUUCUGUAUACUUAGCCAAGUUGGCUGAACAAGCUGAACGUUAUGAAGAAAUGGUCGAAAACAUGAAAAUUGUAGCUUCUUCUGGUCAAGAAUUGUCUGUCGAAGAAAGAAAUCUAUUAUCAGUUGCCUACAAAAAUGUUAUUGGUGCCAGACGUGCUUCUUGGAGAAUAGUUUCAUCUAUUGAACAAAAAGAAGAAUCAAAAGAAAAAUCAGAACAUCAAGUCUCUUUAAUCAGAAGCUACCGUUCAAAAAUUGAAUCAGAAUUAACCAAAAUUUCUGAUGAUAUCUUAUCAGUUUUAGAUUCUCAUCUAAUCCCAUCAGCUACUACUGGUGAAUCAAAGGUCUUCUACUACAAGAUGAAGGGUGAUUACUACAGAUACUUAGCUGAAUUCUCAAGUGGCGAAGUUAGAGACAAGGCUACUGAAUCUUCUUUAGAAGCUUACAAGAGUGCUUCUGAAAUUGCUACUACUGAACUACCUCCAACUCAUCCAAUUCGUCUAGGUUUAGCUUUGAAUUUCUCUGUUUUCUACUACGAAAUUCAAAACUCUCCAGAUAAAGCUUGCCAUUUGGCUAAACAAGCCUUUGAUGAUGCUAUUGCUGAAUUAGAUACUUUAUCUGAAGAAUCUUACAAGGACAGUGCUUUGAUUAUGCAAUUAUUAAGAGAUAACUUAACCUUGUGGACUUCUGAUAUGUCUGAAUCAAACCAAGAUGAACAACAACCAUCUGACGAAGGCCAAGCUCCAAAAUAA